AUGCCCACACGACACGAUCGAACAGUUGGAGAGACACGCCGUCCUUUUUCCUCACCCGGAGAAAGCUUUUUCCUCCACGACACCGCUCAACCGUCGACUUCCUGCGCUUCCCGUGGAUUUCCCUCUCGCUCUGCGUCAGCGCUUUCGAUUCUCCGCGACGAAAUGGUCACCAAGAAAAACCUGGAUGGCCUCAUGGCCGCCUCGUACCAACCUGGCGACGUGGAGAAGGACUGGUACGCAUGGUGGGAGCAGGAGAACUUUUUCUCGCCAACGAGUCUCUCUCUUCACCAGCGUCAAGUCUACUCCGGUUCCUUGCCGGUCCCAGUUUCGUCGGAGCUUGCAGCGACGACGAAAAAGGAAAAUCAGUUCGUCAUGGUCAUUCCGCCGCCCAACGUCACCGGCUCUCUUCACAUCGGCCACACCCUCACGGUGGCAAUUGAAGACUCGCUUGCCAGAUGGAACCGCAUGAAUGGAAAAAUUGUCCUUUGGGUCCCCGGCGCAGACCACGCAGGCAUUGCCACGCAGAGUGUGGUGGAGAGGGCCUUGUUGAAGGAGGGUGCGCCUUCUCGCCACGAGCUGGGGAGAGAGGCGUUUCUCCGAAAGGUCUGGGACUGGAAGCGACGGUAUGGGGACACGAUCUGCGAUCAGUUGAGACGCGUAGGCAGCAGUGUCUCCUGGCCGCAUUUCUCCUUCACUCUGGACGAAAAACUGUCUCGCGCUGUUGUCGAGGCCUUCGUCCGCAUGUACGACGCGGGGUUGAUCUACAGAGAAGAGAGGCUCGUCUCUUGGUCGCCCUAUUUGAAGACAGCAAUUAGCGAUGUUGAGGUAGACGUCGAAGAGAUCGACAAACCGAAGAAAGUCACCAUUCCCGGAUUCGAGUACCCCGUUGAAGUUGGCUACUUGUGGCAUUUCUCCUACGAAGUCGAAGGCGGCGGCCGCCUCGAGGUGGCCACCACGCGUAUUGAAACGAUGCUAGGAGACGUCGCCGUGGCCGUUAAUCCCACGGAUGAGCGCUACUCGAACCUGGUUGGCAAGCGCCUCAUCCAUCCGUUCUUCCGAGAGCGCGAGAUGCGCGUCGUCGCAGAUGAUCACGUGGUUUCCACUUUCGGAACAGGAGCUGUGAAAAUCACUCCUGCGCAUGAUAAGAACGAUUACGCGAUCGCCAAGCGACACAACUUACCGUGCAUUUCCAUCUUCACAUUGGACGGAAAGAUCGGCCCGGAAGGCGGUCCGUUCGCAGGGCAACAUCGAUUCGAGUGUCGAUUCAAAAUUCAGCAGGCACUCAAAGAUCUGGGCUUGCUGGGAGAGAAGGUGCCCAACACACACGCCAUGCAGUUGCCGCGGUGCAGCCGAAGCGGAGACAUCAUCGAGUACAUGCUGAUUCCCCAGUGGUGGUGCUCGUGCAAGGACAUGGCCGAUCGCUCGGUUAAGGCCGUCCGCAACGGCGACCUAAAAAUCGUGCCGGCGUUCCACGAAGAUGUUUGGUACCACUGGCUGGAAAACAUCAAGGACUGGUGCAUCUCGCGACAGCUGUGGUGGGGCCACAGAAUUCCAGCAUACCGGGUCACGAAGCCGGAGCAGCAGGAGGAGACUUGGGUGGUAGGUCGUUCACACCAGGAGGCUUUGGAGAGAGCAGGAGCGAAGUUGGGGAUCCAGGCCCUCUCUACAAUUUCUCUGGAGCAAGACGAAGAUGUCCUCGACACCUGGUUCUCCUCCGGCCUCUUCCCCUUCAGCGUUUUCGGGUGGCCUGACAACACCGAGGACAUUCAGGCGUUCUUCCCUACGUCCUUGCUGGAAACAGGCCACGACAUUCUGUUCUUCUGGGUGGCCCGAAUGGUGAUGAUGUCUCUCCAGCUGACGGACAAACUGCCUUUCGACACCGUUUUCCUGCACGCCAUGGUGCGCGACGCGCACGGGCAGAAAAUGAGCAAGAGCAAGGGAAACGUGAUCGAUCCUCUCGAGGUGAUUUCCGGGAUUUCACUGCAAGAUCUCCAGGCGAAGCUGCACAAGGGCAACCUCCCGGAGAAGGAAAUCAAACGCGCAGAAGAAGUGCUGAAGAAAGAGUUCCCCAAGGGCAUAGAAGCCUGUGGCUGCGACGCGCUCCGCCUCGGCCUUCUGGCCUACACGCGCCAAGGGCGAAAUGUGAAUCUCGACCUCAACCGUGUGGUGGGCUACCGCCACUUCUGCAACAAACUCUGGAACGCCACCAAAUUCGCCAUGGACAAGUUCGAGGCCGCCUCCCAGCUUCUCGAGUGCGGCACAGAGGGCGCGGUGAAUGGCCAUGAGGUUAAGCCGUUCCGCCCCGGAGGCAUAUUCAUGGGUGGUGUCGGGAUCAGCAGAGGCGCGCAGGAACUCACAGGCUGCACCGGCGUCAAGUACGACCAACUCGAGUGGGUCGACCGGUGGAUCUUGCACCGCCUGUCUGUCACAUGCGCCGAGGUCAAGAAGGCGUUCGAGGAGUAUGCCUUCUCUGAGGUUGUGACAGCGAUUUUCAACUUCUUCCUGUACGACUUCUGCGACUACUACCUUGAGCUCUCGAAACAACGGCUCACGGUCCGUUCCGUAGAGCAAAAGACAGCUGACACAACUGGGUCUUCCUCCCGCUACAUCCGCUCUUUGUGCGCACUGGAGGUGCUCCACGUCUGCCUCGACCGCGGCCUCCGUCUUCUUCACCCCCUCUGUCCCUUCAUCACGGAAGAGCUUUUCCAGCGUCUGCCAGGAUAUGAAACAAAGCCGACGAGCAUUUGCAUUGCCGAUUAUCCUCAGCCGAUUAUGCAGUGGACUGACUACAAGCUUGAUGAUGAGAUGGAGCUCUUCAAGAGUGUCGUUUCUCAUUUCCGUUCCCUCAUUGCCGCCUUGGAUAUUCCCCCGAAGAUCAAGCCCGUUGGUUACGUUAUGAUCACGGACGUUGCUCAGAAAUACAACGAAAACGCCUCCUCUGCGUCUUUGCGUUCGUUCAUCUCCGCAAGAGAGGGUGAUCUUGCAGCCAUGGCAAAAAUGUCGAAGAUUUCCGUGCGGGCGCCAGAUCAAAAUGCUCCGGACUGCUGCGUGAGCGAUGUCGUAUGCGGCUCUGUGUCAAUUUUCCUUUCCGUUGAGGACGGGGUAAAUCUGGCGCAGACACUGGAGAAGAUGAACAAGAAGAAAGCGAAUCUCGAGAAAAUGAUCCAGGGAUAUGAGAAGAAAGAGGCGAUGCCCGCGUACGAAGAGAAGGUGCCAGCAGAUGUACGGGAACAGAACGCUGUGAGGAAGGGCGAGUUGCAGGAGGAGCUGAAGAUGCUUCUUCAAGCUGUCGAGAACAUGAAACGGCUUGCCGGCCAGUAGAAGCGAAUCUAGAGAACCGUUUUCUUGCCUCG